UCAGCUGUCUUCUGUCAUAAUGACAUUUAUAUUGAUAAUUAAGAGUCUGAAUAUUUGUAAAACUAUUUGUGUAGAAGCGUUCGUAAAUUACAAUAAUAAUAAGAAAUUGUUUUUAGUUUAUUAAAUUAUGUUGUGUAGAUACAAUAGAUUCUUAAAAAAAAGUGGAUAUGUAUAUGUAUUGUUAAUCAUCUGAAGUAAGCAGCAAGUGAACGCAGCUGCGUAAAAAAAGCAAUAUGGUGACUAACGAAUUAAUCAACUGUUGAAGAUAAUCAAGAAUACAAAUGUUUAAUAAUAUUACUAAUUUUUUGAAUGGACGGUGGUAAAGUUGAGUGAUGAACUUAACGUGAUUAAAAGCCUUUCAGAGGCUAAAGAGAGGGAACCAUGUGCGAUGUGUGUGUUGACUUUCACGACCUUCUACUCUCCUAUGAUGACAGAUCAUCAAAGGAACAAGAUGGCUUGACAAUACUUUGUAUUUCGGAUAUGGAUACAACGCUACACUAUGUUAAUCAAUGGGUACAAAGGCAGUGUAUGUGCUGUUAUCGAGAAAUUAAAAACUUUGAUCGGUUUAUACGCCUAACUCAAAGUGUUGUAUUAUGUUCAUUACAACAAUUACAAAUUAUACAACAAAAUGGACAGCAAACAAAUGCUGGGAAAGUAUUAUCCAAAGAUGAGAAAGAAGAAAAAGCAGAUGAAGCUAAAACAGAAAAUGCGGAUUAUAAUGAAACAGAAACGCAAACACAGCAAAACUGGUCUCAACAGGACAGAGAAAAAUUGUUUCAUUUACUUUCAAAAAUAUUUUUAUUAAAUUUUCCUCUUUAUAUUGCAAUGAAACAUGGUGGUGCAAUUAAUCCACUAGCUCCAGUAAAAGACGAAGGAGGGUACUGUGAGCCUCAUGAUCCAGAAGUACCAGCUCCUUUAAUUAGGGCAGUUUCUAUUUUUUGCCAUCAAGGUGGUUUCAAUCUAAUGUCUGCUUGUUUUGAUAUGGAAAAUACAUUACCUGUUAGUCUUGCGCACUCUAUGGUUGCAGUGAUUUGUAAUUUAAAACUUUGGUUAAAUUAUGGUAGUGUUAUUCAGCUUUUUAUACCAUUACGUAGUCGUGUUAUGAAAUAUAUGUGUCGUUUAGGAGAUAAAGAAUUACGCACACCGGCGGUUAGAACAAUGGCAGAUUUUAUGUGGAGUGCUGUUAAAGACCCUAUCGAUGCUGUUUUACCAAGUUUCGAUCGUGAUGGAUUGGACCUAGCAUUUAAAUAUUUUACUAGUACAACAUUAACUAUGCGACUAGCCGGAAUAGCUCAGAUAAAUGCUCAUAUCACUGCAUUCAAUGAACUUUGUAAUAGUGAAACUGUCGCUGAAGUUGAACAAGUGGGUCAUGCAUUGGCCGCUUGGCUAACAGAAAAUAAUAUAAUAGCUCAUAUAUUUGGACCAAAUUUGCACGUAGAAGUUAUUAAACAAAGUCACAUUGUAUUAAGUUUCUUAGCUAUGGAAGGUAGAAUCACUUGUUCAGAUAUGGAUACUAUGUGGCAAGCUGCACAAUUGAAACACUGCGGACGACCUGUAUAUGAUUUAUUGGCACCCUUAGUCAAACAUUUGGCUCCUACUCCAGUUUUACAUUUGUACUCUUUAUUAGGAAAAUUAGAGCCAAAGGACCACACUGAACAAAGUUUAUUUCUGGCAUCUGCCUUGAUCAAAUUUAUUUGGACAGCAGGUGGAUCAGGUUAUCCAAGAGGUUUAUCUAUAAAAAAUCGUGACAUUUUAAGAGGUACUAGUGGUAUUGGUGGUAGUAGUACUAGUGAUCCUAGUGGAAUAGACGGAAGCAGCCCGGACGAAGAUGAAGAAGAACCAAGUCCUGCGCCAUCUGAAGGACCUUCACCGAGGAAACAAGCAAGACGUGAUAGUAGUGAUGGAGAAGGUCCUUUUAAAACAAAAGGUAUGGGUACAGCUGUUGUGCAAACAACGCUAAACGAAACAGAAGAUUCUACAGUGGAUAAGUCUGAAUGCCUUCCUGAAUCAAUGAAAAUUUCUACGUGUAGUAUACAAGAUAUGAAAGAGAAACAGAGUGGUUCAGACGUAGAAGCUGACACAGAAAAAUCCAAUGCCGAAGAAACGGUCGCGGUUGAAAAAAGAAAGAGAAAAGUAUUAAGGAAAAGAAAAAAGCCACAAAAGCGUUCAUUAGCUACUGUAGAUAAAACGUUGGAGGACAUCGUUAAUCAAGAAAGCGGUGUAAAAGCUAAAGAUUUAAUGUUGGAUAUGAAAAAUAGAGCUGACGAUGUUUUAAAUAGUACUUUGGAUACCGGUGGAUUAGUUUCAAUCGAUGAUCCGAAAGGUGUUGACGCUUUGGAUCGCGCGAAGCAACAGGCGAUGGCCUUGGAUUCGAGUGACCAGCAAGUUCCAACAACGGCUGCAAUCUUAAGAAGAGCUAAUAAACACAAAUAUAUGUCAUUAGUUGGUCAUAACGUAGAUCGGGCUCCCGAUUCUGCAGAUACAUCACACGAUGAAGACGAUAGCGACGUAGCUGGUGUACUAGCUGCAGCAGACGGGCCUGGUGCUGUUAUAUCUGAGCUAGCUGGUUUAGUACACGCCACUGGUCCGACAUUUUUACCAUCCGGUUUAGAUGAAAUGCUGUCGGACGAAGAAGCGUAUUCUUAUAGCAGUAGAAUAUCAAAUAAAAGUGAGAAAAAUAUGGCAGACUUUGACGGUGAAGAGAGUGGUUGUGAAGAAGAACUAGCUCAAUUAGCUGCGCGUCAUUUAACAGCGAUACAAAUGCAAGCUUAUCAUCCCCAUCAUUCGCAUCCAACAAUGACCAUCAGACGAUCUGUUUGUCGUCCACCGCAAGUAAGAAGUAUUCGGCAAACGGUAACACGAGUUAGUUCCCAAUUCAACUUGGAUACCGUUUGCAAACCUGGAAACACGUUAUUAUGGGAUCUUUUGCAAGACGAUAAAAUCGGUCAGCUAGGUGAAGGUUUAGCAUUAGAGGCUGAAAAAGCUUUGUGUAACCUUCUUUGUUUCAAUGUUGAUCGUUUGAUACCUAUGAAAUUCAUAGAAGGUUGUUUAGAAAAUCUCGCUACCAAUCGUUCCGUGGUUGUAUCAUUAAGAUUAUUACCUAAACUAUUCGCCAGUUUCCAACAAUUUGGUGCAAUGGAUGCGCAUACGAUAACGACGUGGGCAGAUCGUGAACGUGGUAUGAUGAAGCACUUCUUUAAUAAUCUAAAAACGUACACUAACACAGGACCGAAAAAUGGUUUAUAUUCUCAUCAGACGGAAAUUCAAGUUCGAUUACAAUUUUUAUCCUCGAUAUUUUCACCUUUGGGUUCACCUGAUUGCUUCCGCUUGAGUCUUGAACAAGUAGAUAUACUAUGGCAGUGUUUAUCACAAGAUCCAACCUGUGCCGAUGAACUGUUCAGUUGGUUACUAAGUCAAGCUAAAUCAACGGAGCAACACGCUCUUGGAAUGGAUACGCUUAAACACUUAUGUAUGCGUAAAUUACCAAGCUUGCCACCGGAAACUAUCAGUAUGACUGGUCUUAGUCUUUUUCAACAGUUGUGCAAUUUGGCUCGUUUAGCAGCUGCGCAUUUAGAUAGACCAUUGAGAGACGUAGAUUCGGUUGGUAUGGAUUUCUUAUGGAGAAUCGCGUUAAAAGCUAAAAGUACAGACGUUAGUAUGGCGGCUAUACAGUAUCUAAACGGAUAUUACAUGUCUAGACAAUUGACCCAGGAGGCUGAAUUUGUUUCACAAUGUAUGACCCAUCUCGCUGCGGCUAGUGCUGAUCUAGAAACGAACGAGGAAGCUAGUUUACGUUGCAUACAAAGAGCAUUGUUAUUACUAAGAACGCAUUUGGAAGCAUUUCGAAAACGAUACGCGUAUCAUUUGCGUCGCUGGAUACUGGAAGGUAGAGGCGCCGGUAGCCACGUAGCUAUGAACACUUCGGAGAAGGGUCAACAAUUGAGAAUAUUUGUACAACCAGCUGGAAUUCCUGAGAAAACAAGCUUCACACUUUUUAGUACCGACUACGUUGCCGAUUUGAGAGCCGAAGUAGCUAAAUGGUGGGACGAUACACAGAAUAAUCAAGAGAAAUCAUCGUCUACCACGAAUUCAGGUCAAAAUAACAGUUCAGUAUUAGGAUCUCUUUUAACCGACGGGCCGAUCAGGAUGAUCACGCAAGGCCAAGAGUUAACUAUUGAUUUCGAUGAGAAAACACUCCAAGAGAUGGGCUUUAAGGAUGGACAGCUAGUAUUCAUUUCUCCUGGCGCUAGUCGAGGCAAUGGUACAGGUAGAUGUAACAAACGAGACGUUGAUUCACCGUCUCUUUUGCCACCACCUCCUCGAGAGUCUUUACCGACCUUGUUAUUGUUACGACCACAGUAUUUUGAGCAAUUAUUUACUCUAAUGAGAACACUGAGCGCCAUGAAAACUGUAGUGAAAGGUGGUCAAGAGAUUCCUCAUACAAAGGCUCAAGUACUUUCAAGGAGGGUUUGGGAUACGUUAACAUUGUUACCAACUAGUCCUACAUUAUUAAGAGGUUUUCAAAAACUAGGAGAAGCAUCAUUGCCGGAAUUGUUAGAUCCUGCUAGCCCGCAGAAGUUGAUGUAUUCUUUAUACAUAGUGGAAUCUCUAAGUAGACGUAGCACGACCAGUCAGCCAUCUAUCGUGAACCCCGGUACAACUAGCAACGAGAACGAAGGGGACGCGGAUGAUAAUCACGAUGAUAAAGAGAAAGAUGUUGCUUGGUCUACGUUGUUCGUUCAGCACGGAGGUUUACGUCAUCUGUUCGAGAUCUUUAUGUCUGGAUGUUUGGAACAAGGCGACGGUAGCGAGUGGCAGCAGGACUGUCUCGCUAGUUUAUUGAAACAGCUAUGUUAUUUGGGUGUCGUUAAAGAGGAGAAGAAGCGAAGUAAAGCGGACAAACUGCUCGUACCUAAGUUAAGCGAAGCUAUGCUUUCAAUGAUGAACGUCGAAGCGGUUAUGUCACGAAUAACGAACAUAUUAAACGAAGCAUCCUUGCCUAGAGAUCCGAAUCACUAUAAAACAGGACUUUUUGGUAGAUCUCAAGUUAUUCACUAUACUAUGGCUUUGCUAGUUUGUUGGCUGCACAGCGAUGAAACAGUCAGACAGUAUCUAUUCUCAUCGCCAGAACCAUUUGGAAAAACUUGGCUAAGGAGAUUGGUAUUAGAGGAUCCUGAACCUGCUGUGAGAAGGGAAGUUUGUACAGCAUUAUAUAGAUUAUGCUUAGGCACUACUGAAUCCGAAGAUGACAAUUCUGACAGUUCUAGCUUGAUCGUACCAAUGUUGAACACGUUAUUGGAACAUCUUGUAAUUGCAGAAGCGAUGCAGCCUUCUCAUAGGAAACCAGAUUUACCAUUACACCUACAUCCAGUACUGGACGAUGGAAAAGAACCGUACGGACCUGCUUGUAGAGAUUAUUUUUGGCUCGUUUGUCGUUUGGUUGAUUCACUUCCAGAAGAAGCUAUUAAGGAAGGUUCAGAUGAUUCUAAUGUAACGAUAGACCUCGAGGCAUUAGCGAUAAGAGUGAUCGACUCUGUUUUGAACAGAGAACAUCUCGAGACACGACAUAAUACAGUGGAGGACGACGGUCUGGUUGGUUUGUUGAAUCUAACUUGUAACAUCAUGACGCAUAACCCGCCCUGUAAGCAAGGAAAGAUCGGACAGAACUUACUUCACGAGGUGUUUGAUUUUCUAUUCGCAUUGCCGAAUCCACGUUCGAAACACGUGCCGAAAUGUAAGAGUCAAGUAUCCAGAUCGGCUGCUUUUGAUCUCUUAGUCGAACUUGUCAAAUCAGCACCCGACAAUUACAAGAUACUUCAUGAAAAAUUACUGGCUCAACAUAAGCCCGGUCCUCAUUCUCCGUAUCCAUGGGAUUAUUGGCCACACGAGGAUGGUCGUUCCGACUGUGGAUACGUGGGAUUGACAAAUUUAGGCGCCACUUGUUACAUGGCCAGCUGUAUGCAACAUUUGUACAUGAUGCCGCAGGCACGUGUUUCGAUAUUGGGAGCUGAUUGUAAUCGAGCGAACAAGCAUCAGCUGACGUUAAGAGAACUCCAGAGAAUGUUCGCGUAUCUUUUAGAGUCCGAAAGGAAAGCGUACAAUCCUCGAAGCUUCUGUCGCGUGUACACUAUGAAUCACGAGCCUCUUAAUACCGGGGAACAGAAAGAUAUGGCUGAAUUUUUUAUAGAUCUUGUGUCUAAAUUAGAAGAGAUGACGUCGGAUUUGAAAAAUUUGGUGAAGACGUUAUUCUGCGGUGUGAUAUCCAAUAAUGUUGUGUCAUUAGAUUGCGAACAUGUAAGUAGAACGCUGGAAGAAUUUUAUACCGUUCGUUGUCAGGUAGCUGACAUGAGAAAUCUUUAUGAAAGUUUAGACGAAGUUACGGUUAAAGAUACAUUGGAAGGAGACAAUAUGUACACGUGUUCGCAGUGUGGGAAAAAAGCAAGAGCAGAAAAGAGGGCGUGUUUCAAAAAAUUACCCCAUAUACUGUGCUUCAAUACAAUGAGAUACACAUUUAACAUGGGAACUAUGUUAAAAGAGAAAGUCAAUACUCAUUUUAGUUUUCCAUUAAGGUUAGACAUGUCUGGAUACGUUGAGAAAAAGCUUAUGCCUCAACAUUAUCAGGAAGAGAAGAAAGCAUCUGAAAAGAAAAAAUCUGAAGGUGAUUGUCAAGGAUUAAAUAAUGACGAUGAUGAAGGAGAGAUGGAACAUUACCAGUAUGAUUUAAUUGGUGUAACAGUUCAUACUGGCACUGCGGAUGGUGGGCACUACUAUAGUUUUAUUAGAGACCGUACAUCUCCUAACAAAGAUAAAUGGUUUUUAUUCAACGAUGCUGAAGUUAAACCGUUUGAUCCGAAUCAAAUAGCAGCUGAAUGUUUUGGCGGAGAAAUGACGAGUAAAACAUACGACUCUGUUACGGAUAAAUUCAUGGAUUUUAGUUUUGAAAAAACUAAUUCUGCGUAUAUGCUUUUCUAUGAAUGGUGUGCUGAUCUUGGUGAUCAGGCAAAGGAAGAAGAGGCUACUGUCUCUAGCCCUAAUGGACGGCAAUGUUCUUCGUUAGUUUACAAAAAUACUAAUAAACUACCACCUUUGGAAUUGAAUAAAGAAUUAGAAGAUUGGAUAUGGCAGGACAAUAUGCACUUUUUACAAGACAAAAACAUAUUCGAACAUACAUACUUUACAUUUAUGUGGCAAAUAUGCGGUUACAUACCCCAGACAUUGUUAUCUGUACAGCCUGAUAUCACAGAAAUGUCAGCAGACCUUUCAACAUCGUUUUUUAUGGAAACCUUUAUCCACGCUAAAGAGAAACCAACUAUGGUACAGUGGGUAGAAUUAUUAACAAAACAGUUUAACGGUUCAGCUGGUGCGUGUGCUAGAUUCCUUGAAAGGAUGGCUGGAGAUUCGUGGUGGCCAAUUCAAAUUCUAGUCAAGUGCCCUAAUCAAAUGGUAAGACAAAUGUUCCAAAGGCUAUGCAUUCAUGUGAUACAACGAUUGCGCGCUACUCAAGCACCUUUAUAUCUUCUUUGCGAUGAAGAAAACGACAUAAACACUGUCGGUACACGGUCAUGCGUUACGAGAUUCGUGAGAAUGCUUUUGUCCCUGAUGGAACAUGCGAAACAACAUUUAAAACACCUUACUGAAUAUUUCAGUUUUUUAUAUGAAUUUAGCAAAAUGGGCGAGGAGGAAACAUUAUUUCUAAUAAGAGUACAAGCCAUAUCGACUAUGGUAAACUUUUAUCUUGGUCAUAAGACACACGAAUUUGUUGAUGCGGUUAGCGAAGAGGAAGAGGAAGAGGAAAUAGUUGCUGUGCCAACAGAAAAGUUGAGACCUGCCUCUCUAGACAAAAUGAUUACUUUGAUAGCAACUUUAGUUGAACGUAGCAGAGGACCCGAUCACAGACUGGCACUAUCGCCGGCAGAUCUCAGUGCCGUAGCAGGUGGUAAAGGAUUUCCUUUUUUGUAUCAACAAACCCGAGAUGUCAUUAAUCUCAAUCAGACACGAAAUUUAAUACAAUCUUUAUGUCGUUGGAAUGAUAGAUUAGCAAUACAUAUUAUAACAAUGAUAUUUCAAGCUAUAACAAAGCAUACCGACGUAUGUCAACCAUUCUUUAAACUGUUGACAUUGUUAACCGAGAGUUCAGGACCAAGUGGAUUACCUUGUAUGACUCAAUUAAUUUUGGGCAGAGUAUGGGAGGCAGCUAGAGUUGCUCCACACGGUGCGCUAGAAUGGCUAGCUUUAGCUGUAACAAGAAGCAAGCUUGCCCAUGCUUGGGUGUUACAAGGAUUGGACACUUGGUUGCAACAUUUUUUGUUGGAACAUUCGAAUCAAAGAGUUCGUUCUGCGGCUGCCUUUCUUCUCGUAUCGCUUGUUCCAUCGACUCAUUUUAGACAGGGUUAUCGCAGUGCUCAUAGAUUAGGUUUAGGAUGUAAUACAUCUAGAGAACUCCAACUGUCAUCGGAAGCAACAUUGAUUUUGCAUCAAAUAUACACGGCGCUUUUAAGAUUAUUGCAACCUGCCAGGCAUUAUAUUGAUAUACAGACUCACGGUACAAUGAAACUCACUGCCUACUUUGCAUUGCUCACUUAUUGCGUUGUGUCUAAAACGGAAAAAUUAAUGUUUGGACAGUAUUUAAAUGAUUUGUGGACACUCUUUCAUCCAAAACUUUCUGAGCCUAGCAUUCCAGUGCAUCAUAAUAAACAAGCUGUACUGCUGUUUUGGUACCAUGUUUGUUCUGAUUGUCCAGAAAAUGUUGCUCUCAUACUUCAUAAUCCGCACAUAACUAAAAAUAUUGCAUUUAACUAUAUAUUAGCUGAUCACGAGGACCAGGAUGUAGUAUUAUUUAAUAGAGUAAUGUUACCCGCUUAUUACGGCUUAUUACGGCUUUGUUGUCAACAGUCGCGUACAUUUACAAGACAGUUAGCUGCACAUCAAAAUAUUCAAUGGGCAUUCAAAAACAUAACACCUCAUCCUACUCAAUAUUCGACCGCGGUAGAUGAAUUAUUUAAAUUGAUGCAAUUACUAGUUGCAAGACAUCCAGAUCAAACAGAACAAGAAGAAGCUGAAAUUGCAUCGUUCAGAAGGGGAACAUUAUCGUCGUACUUACAAGGACUAGACGGGAGAUCCUGUUGGGCUACACUUAUUUCUGCAUUUCGCAUUCUAAUCGAAUCAGACGAUGAUCGUCUCUACGUUGUAUAUAACGGAGGAUUAAGUAUGGCUUUGGAAGCAUUUCAUAUGUUGCACAUCAUGUAUCACGAAGCAACAGCAUGUCACGUUGCUGGAGACUUAGCUGAAUUAAUUGCCAUAAUUGUGGAACUGGUACGAUGUAUCAGAACCGCGAGGGAUGGGCCGGAUGCAAGAAACAUAUUGGCGAAUUGCAAAGAAUGGCCGGAUAUUCUACGAAAAUUAGCAACGUUAUUGAACACGUAUAAUCCUCCGGAUAUGCGAAAUCUUGCUAUAGAUCUUUUAAAAGAACUCGUCAUGCUUGUUCCCGCUGAAGCGAUAUUAAUUUUGGCACCGUUGCUCUCACACUGCCAUGCAGCACUUCAAGAGUCUCAUGCCGCUGUUCCGCCUGGUCCGUAUCUUCCACGAAGAUCUACUCCUCCAGGAAAAAUGCCUACUCGACCAGCUAGACCGAUGGUUCAAAUGGCAGUGCCGCAUUCUCAGUUAGAAGCGUCUAAAGGAGUAGAUCCAGAAUAUGAUAACGCUUUGCUUGAAUUUUAUUUACCAUAUCAUGAACUAAUUGAUGUAAUGUGCAGAUUGGCAAUCAAUAAUGAUUGUAUGACUGAUACAUUAGUUAAUUUGAGUGCUAUGUUAGGAUUUGAAGGUGUUCCAUUGCACUUAGCUUUGUUCCCUAGAUUAUGGUUAGAUGUUCAUGCUGCUACACAUAUAGACAGAAAACAUAUUGCAUCCCUUCUUUGUUCUUCCUACACAGUGGAUUACGUAGAUGCUGUGUUACUAGACGAGAGAUCUUCGUUAGGGAUACCAGCGAUUCAUGCUUUUUUCAAGACUUUCUUUCCUAAACUUGCUAAUCACGUAUUAACUGAACAAACUUGUUUACUUAUCGAUAACUUAGUUAGUUCUAUGGUGGCAAUGGUGGAAGCGGUAGAUAUUCAAGCGUCUGCGCACCGGUUAACCGGAGAUUUGAGAGCUUUGGCUCUUAUCUAUAGCAGUAGUACAAGACUGAAACCGCCGAGUAGUUUGUUACCAGCUUUAGAAACGUUACUAUCUCGAACGAAGGCCAUUAAAGUGAAAGAUUCUAGCCAACAGGAAGUAGAAGCCCCAACGAAGAAACGUAAAUUUAAUGUUAACGAGGAUAGCGAGACGAGUGAUAAAGAACUACAUCUACCGAUAAAGGAACUUAACGAACAAAAAAAUGUAUCCGACAUAAACGUUGAGAAAAAAGAUAAAACAGAAACAAAUGAUAUGACUUCGUCUGAUUCUGGAGAUGAUAAAACCAUAUCAAGAAAUACUAUUCAACCUGAAAAUAUUCCUACCAGUAUCACCACGAUAUCCUCGAGUUUAAUUGAUACUGUGACAAGUAACAAUUGUACGAAUCAAUUACGAUGUUCGUUAACUAACGUUUCCUGGUUCGAAAUGUUGGAAAAGACUAUUAACGAUUUGCAAACUAUUGUGCAAUUACAAACGAAAAGUAACUAAUUCUGUACGUGUUUUUUUAAUGGUGCUCUGAUCAUAGAAGCACAUAAUACAGGACUAAGUUUACGUGUAAUUGUGUGGUUCUCUAAGAUAACAGGACGGAAAGAUUCAGUUAUAUACAUUCAAGAUUUAGAUGGACAAAUUUUAGUGCGUUUGUGUUCUAUAGAAAAAAAAAUUAAAAAAAAGGGAUGCAUAUAUUACCAUGUAUGUAUCAAAUGCAAUUUAUUUUCCAAAUGUAGGUAAAUAAGAUAGUUUUACUCAGUUAAGUUAUAUUAACACAUAAAAAAAAAGAAAUAAUCAAUUGGAAUUUUCAUUUUACAUAAUAAAUGUUCGUUGGUGCUGUGAGGUCACCUAUCUCCAGGCAACAUUUGUGUACAUUAUAAUAUGUACAGUAAUAUAAGCCGCCCAGUAUUCUGUAACAGGAAUUGUGAAAUGCCUUGAGAUAGUUUAAGAGAUACAGAAUCGUGAAAACUUUCUUGGAGCUAUAAUUAUGUUUCUAUACUUAUUUCAAUUUAUAGGGGUACCACCAUAAGAUUCUUUCAGCCUUUCAUAAAAGAUAAUAGUAUGUUUUUUUGGAUCAGCUUUUAAACUAUGUAUGUUUAAAUAUUAUUUACGUAUUGAUCUACAAAUUUCAUUAAUUUAUCAUUGUAAUAUACUCUUCAUCAUAUUUUAAACGUUUUCAAAUAAUUAAUCAUGUAAGUUGUAUAUGAGUGCUUUUUAUCAUAGAUUGUUGCACUUCUAUCCAAUAAUUUCCAAUAUAAUUUAGGUGUAAAAUUAUAUACCGAUGCAUUCUCUUAUAUUUCUUGUAUACUUAAAUAGAAAAUAUUAAUUUUUCUUCUAAGUGAAUCGUAUUAACAAUUUCGAUAGAUUUCUUUUCAAUAUCGUAAAUGUAUUUUGUUAUGCCUUAUCUUUUUUUCUGAAAUUGUACCUCGUAUAUUUUUCGUGAAUUACAAGAAAUCUAAGAAAUUAAAAUAAAAUUUUUAUUUAUAAAUACUACCAACAAAAAGCGAUGCCGUUAGUAAAAUUGGUAAAUUGCUCUCUUUCUUGGUAAAAUAGUAACCGAUACAAGUAUCUCACAUCACAAAUGAACAGUUGUGAAAUUUCAGAAAAAAAAAAAUCUCGUCUUUAUGCAACAUUUAAUGAACAAAAUUGAAAACAUACCUGUAUAAAUUUGUUACGUAUGCGUUUGAUUUAUGUGUACUGCUUUAUUGUAUUUAUUAUUAUUGCAUAGUAACCGUGCGCUAUUAAAGAAAGGAAAAUACAUAUAUACAAAUAUAUGUAUAUAUAUAUUAUUUUUUUUUUGUUUUACUAACUCGUUUCGUAAACAAAGUGCUUUGCCGUCAUUUAUCAAACAGUUUUAAACUCUUACAUGUAAGAAGAAAAAUCAGUAUGAUUAAAAUUUCAUUUGUGAUUCAUUUAAUGAUUUUUUUUUUUUAAUUAAAGAAAAAACACAAACGCGGGCUAGAAUUUCUUGAUCAGCCAAGCUGCUCAGUAAAAUAAUGUUUCUAGCAAUAAACCACAGGUGUUUCAAGAAAUAUAUUUCGUUAUUGAAUUCAUGUAUUUCAUUUAUAAUAUCUUUAAAAAUAUUGUACUGUGAUUAGUCAGUGAAAUAAGUUUCUUGAAAUAAUUCUCUCUUUAAUAUUCGAAAUACUGUUUUACCCAGCCCUCUAACUUAGUACAUCGUUCAAAUACAAAAUCGUAAUUGUAUACGCUUAAUACCUGCGUAUAUGCACCCUUAUAAAAUUAGAGACAUGUUUUCGUCGUAAUUGAGCUUAUUGUCAGACAAUGGCACUAAAGUAUAACUCGUCCACUUUAAAAGUUCAGGAAUCAUUACGUAUGUUUUAAAUUUUUGAUGAUCUGAUUGUAACGAAUUAAUGAAUGACUGACAAGCGAAUGUUCAAAGUAAAAUUAUAUGGUGUUCUUGUGCGAGCUAUCCGUUUCCUCAUCUUAACGUUAUACUUAAUUAACUAAUUACCAUAUGUCUCAGAGAAGAUUUUAGCUACUUACGAAAUAUUCGUUUAAAGAGGAACAGGUUAAUGAAUUAAAUGUGACAGGAAAUUUAUAGUAGAAAUAUGUGACAAUUUUUCAGAGCAUUGUAAGAUAAACUAUAGAUUUUAAAAAACUAUUGUCGAUGGCUACAUUAUAAUCGUUAAUUAACUUUCGGAACAUGAAUUUGAUAACUAUUAAAAGAAAUGAAAUAGUCAUUGCAAGUGUGUUAAUGUUAUCCAUUAAGAAGUUCGUUUUCUUAAUGUAUAUUAACAUCAUUUGUUAACGAAUGUUAAACAAAAAUAAGGUGACAUGCUUAGUUUUACAGAAAGCUAAACGAGUACCCGGUGCGGUAUGAUUAAUAACGUGUAAUAUUUCAAAUUGUAUUUCUAAUAUUUGAUGUAUGUAUUUGUGAUGAAAAUACUGUGAUUAGUGAUAGAUCUAUUCGCUGGUUUGCAACAAAUACAAAUAAUGACAAGCGUACUGUACACGCACACAUAUUAUAAUGAAUUUUCCACCAAAUCAAAUAUUUUUAACUUUUUCGUGUCAAAUAAUCUAUUGAGUUCAAUGAAAUCGUAAGUAUAAUAUGGUAACCAACAAGUUGAAAAUAAGUAGAAAAAGAAAGAAUAAGGAAUGUAAGAAUGUAAGACUACACGCGAGAAAAGCAUUUACAAUUAUUUUUAAUUAUUAAAAAUGACGAAUGCCUUUGUCUUAUGAAACGUGUUUCAAUAAUCAUGAUAUUUAUAAACAAAAAAACAAAAUAUACGUGAUAGGGCGCUUGUGCUUUCGAAUAAUUAAAUUCGGAGCUGAUUAAGACUGUAUAAAACAAAAAAAACAAAAAAAUAAAUAUUUCGAGCGUCCUAUAUUACUUUUAUCACUUUAUUAAUUUCUGAAAAUAUCGAAACUUCUUCGCCAGAUUUGUAUCUCCAGCAUGUGUUUAUGUUUAUGUAUUCAUUUGUAUACUUAAGGUGUAUAGAUUUUGAUCAAAGAUAAAUAAACUCUUUUCAUUUUAAA